AUGAUCAAGGCAGAAGAAGAGGAGUUUGUGUCAGAGGAGGGAGAGGAGCAGGUCAAGGAGGGAGAGGAGCAGACCAAGGAGGGAGAGGAGCAGACCAAGGAGGGAGAGGAGCAGACCAAGGAGGGAGAGGAACAGAAGAGCAGAGUGACCUGCGUCUGCGAGAUAGUCAUAUCGUGUCUCAGUCUGACCCACUUCCACCAAUCCACCAGAGAGUCUCCAAACCCUGCGCAGCCACAGCAGGAGGCAGGAAGAUUUUAUUUUUAA